AUGACGAGCGGUAGUAUUCAAGCACUCAAAGGUACAUGGGAUUAUGUGGAUAGCGAGAAUUUUGAUGAAUUCAUGAAAGAACUUGGCGUGGGUUGGGCGAUACGUAUGGCAGCUAAAGGCGUGAAACCACGCCUUGUCAUUAGUGAAAAUGAUGGCAAAUGGAAUAUUAAAUCUGAGAGUACUUUCAAAACUGUUGCAUAUGAUUUCACUCCUGAUGUAGAAUUUAACGAAACAACACCAGAUGGACGUGAAGUGACAACAGUCAUUCAUUUUCAUGGUGAUAAAUGGGUCAAUGUUAGUAUUGAUAAAAAUGGAAAAAAAUCUGUGAUAACACGUUAUGUUGAUGAUAAAGGUCAACAAAUGAUCGACAUGGAAUGUGGUUCAGUCAAAGCUCGACGUUGGUAUAAACGUGCAUCAUAA